CUUUGCGCUCUCACAAAAAAUAGAAAGUUUUGUGGUUGAACUCUUGCUCCAAUGGCAACGAAAGGUCUUGAUAAUGUUGGGAGCAGAAAGCGCAAACGACAGACUUCAAGAAAGCUUGAAGUGGAUGCAAAAGUGGAGGUGAGGAGUAUGGACAAUGGGUUUCAAGGAUCGUGGCACCCUGGAACAGUUAUCAUGUGUGAGGAUUUGCAACGGCGUGUCAGAUAUAACAAUAUUUUGGAUAACAACGGGGCGUAUAAUCUUGAGGAGGUGGUGAAUGUUUCAAAAGCUUUGGAUGGUGAUAUUGAAUGUGCAGACUGCUAUGCACGCGGGUUCAUUAGGCCACUGCCUCCUUUGGUUGAGUUUGAUAGGGGGGACCUUGUAUUUGGUUUAUGUGUUGAUGUGAACUAUAAGGAAGCUUGGUGGGAAGGAGUUAUAUUUGACCACUGUGAUGGAAUGGACAAGAGGAAUGUGCUUUUCCCUGAUUUGGGUGAUGAAAUGCCGGUUGAAAUUCAUCAGUUGCGGGUUACUCAGGACUGGGAUGAAAUUACUGAGGAGUGGACACGACGAGGGAACUGGGUGUUUCUUGAUCUGGUGGAGGAGCAGAAGAGGAACUUGUUUGUCACAGUUUCGGCCAAGCAGAUUUGGUAUGAUGUACGCAUUAAAAAGGAAUUUGAGACGAUUAGAGAGUGGACAUGUAAUUUGAAGUACUUGUGGACCAAGUUGAUAAAGGAGGUAGUUAAUCACUACUUUUCUCUAACGUUAAAGGAAAUUAUCUCUGUCCUAGACCUUCCUGGGAGUCUUUUAAGUGAAACACCAGAGCAUGCAUCUGCUGAAGCCGUGCCUAAUGUUGACUUAAGCAUGAUCGGGCAAAAUAACCAAAUUGUUGUGCAGAAAGGAACUGUCCCUCCUAUUAAAGGGACCUUGUCUGACGUUCAAAAUGAAAUUAGACCCUGUGGUGAUAGUCCUUUUAAUGAAAGUAGAGAAGAUAGAUCCUCAAGUCAUUUAGUGUCCUCUUUUUGGAAUCCUGUGAAGUUGUCUGGGGUUGAAUUAUGCCCUGAUGCUGUUAGGGAAUAUCUACUUGCUUCCAAACGUGAUGUCAGGGCAUUUUGGAUGGACAAAUUACAAAAGCAUCUUGUAUGUCUUGGAUGGAAAAUUGAGUGGUCAAAUAGAUUAAAUGUCAAACGUUACAAGUAUAUUGCCCCUUAUACGCAGGGCCAAAGGUGUUACCUUUCACUCAUUGAAGUUUGUAAAGCUAUAAAACACGACCCCAACAUGAACUCCUUGCAUCUCCAAAAUGAUCACACUAUAAUGCAUCCUACAGUUGGUUGUCAUCUUUCAGAUGUGCCUUCUAUCCCAGCUGAAAAUAUUCGAUCUAUAACGCAUCUCCAAAAUGAUCACACUAUAAUGCAUCCUACAGUUGAUUGUCAUCUUUCUGAUGUGCCUUCUAAUCCAGCUGAACAUAUUCAGAAUCCAGAUAUUCCUCUGGCUGAAAAUAUUCAGAAUCCAGAUAUUCCUCUAGCUGAACAUAUUCAGAAUCCAGAUAUUCCUCUAGCUGAAAAUAUUCAGAAUCCAGAUAUUCCUCUAGCUGAAAAUAUUCAGAAUCCAGAUAUUCCUCUAGCUGAAAAUAUUCAGAAUCUGGAUAUCAUUCCUCCAGCUGAAAAUAUUCAGAAUCUAGAUAUCUUUCCUCCUGCUGAAAAUAUUCUGAAUCUAGAUAUCUUUCCUCCUGCUAAAAAUAUCCAGAAUCUAGAUAUCAUUCCUCCAGCUGAAAAUAUUCAGAAUCUAGAUAUCUUUCCUCCUGCUGAAAAUAUUCAGAAUCUAGAUAUCUUUCCUCCUGCUGGAAAUAUUCAGAAUCUAGAUAUCAUUCCUACAGUUGACAAUAUUCAGAAUCUAGAUAUCUUUUCUCCAGCUAAAAAUAUUCAGAAUCUAGAUAUCUUUCCUCCUGCUGAGCCAUCUUCUCCAGUUGAAGAUGAAGUUGAAGAAGUACCUGAGUAUUGUCCUCGGGCUGUGGUGCAGUAUUAUCGCAUGUAUAUACACAACAAGAGCCGAGCUGAUAAAAAAAAGUGGAUACUAAAGGCAAAGAAGCAUCUGUUAGCAGAGGGAUGGGUUUUUGACCAUCCACCUCCAUUUAAUAAGAAAAGGGGAAUAAUAUACAUGUCUCCACAAAAUCGGAAAUUCCCAACACUCCAUGCAGCAUGCAAAUUUUGCAUUAACGAAACUAUUCCUAAUUGGAACCUUAUAUGGCAGGAGGAGAUGGAUGAAGGUGCUUCUAGUAUUAAACCAACUACAAAUCAAAAGAAGAAAAACAAGAGGGAUUUGAAGGCCAACACACCCAAGGGCCAAAGCAAUGGACCUCGACAGGUGCUAAGAUCAAAUAAGAGGGUGCAAAAGGUGUCUGUCUCUACUCAUUUACAUCAUAAGCCUCUAAAUAUUCCGUCUUAUUUGAUAGACAGCAACAUCAUCUUACCAAGGUCUAAGGUUUAUUAUAAGGCAAAAGGCAGGAACCGUGCAGUCCGAACUUUUGCUGAGGGGAAAAUAACUCAUGAUGGAAUCAAGUGUAACUGUUGCCUUACAAUAUACAGUUUUGCUGGAUUUGAAAAACAUGCUACUGGCAGUAGUACAUGCAGACCCUCUGCUAAUAUCUUUUUGGAUGAUGGAAAGUCACUCUUGGACUGCCAGAUACAAAUGAUGCAAGGUCAAAAGACAAGUGUGGCUAGUGGAAAAGCAUUAACUGAUCUGUCUCUGGCUGAUAAUGACUACAUUUGUUCAGUUUGUCGCUAUGGUGGUGAACUUAUUUUAUGUGAUAAAUGUCCAUCCUCAUUCCAUAAGACGUGUCUUGGUUUGGAGGAUGUCCCUGAAGGUGACUGGUUUUGUCCAUCAUGUCGUUGCGGGAUUUGUGGCCAAAGGAAAAUUGAUGGAGAUGAGGUUGAACACUUCCUUUCUUGCAUACAAUGUGAACAUAAAUAUCAUGUUAGGUGCCUGAAAAAUGGAGCUGCAAAUACAUCAAGAUAUAAUGGAAACUGGUUCUGUGGAAAAGAUUGUGAAAAGAUAUAUGAGGGCCUUCAUAAAUUAUUAGGAGAGCCAAUUCCAGUGGCUAACAAUCUAACUUGGACUUUGAUGAAGUUUAUCAACCCUGACAGUUGUGAUCUUGGUAAUAUUGAAAGUGACUUAGUGGCAGAAAGUUACUGCAAACUCAAUCUUGCUCUUUUGUUGAUGCGUGAAUGUUUUGAGCCCCUAAAAGAAUCCUUGACUUCCAGAGAUCUCGUGGAAGAUGCUCUGUUCAGCAGAAGGUCAGAGCUUAACCGAAUAAAUUUCCAGGGUUUCUACACUGUGCUACUUGAGAGAAAUGAAGAACUGGUUAGUGUGGCAACUAUUAGGGUCCAUGGGAAGAAGGUAGCUGAAAUACCUCUUGUUGGCACCAGAUUACAAUAUCGUCGACAUGGAAUGUGUCGCAUUUUAGUAAAUGAGCUUGAAAAGAAGCUCAUGAAAUUGGAUGUGGAGAGGCUGGUUUUGCCGGCUGUUCCUAGUGUGCUAGAGACAUGGACCGGCUCUUUUGGCUUUGCAAAGAUGACUAAUUACGAGAGAUCUCAGUUUCUGGACUAUACUUUUCUAGAUUUUGAGGGUACCAUUAUGUGUCAAAAGUUGUUGAUGAAUAUUGCAUCUUCAGAUUCAGUUCCGUUAAUAGAGUCUGAACGUUGCUGUGUUAACAACAGUAAGUCUGAUCCCAUAUGUGAAGUGCAGCAAGUAGAAGCUAUUGACGAAGAUGCUUGUGCUGGCAAUAAUGAUCACCAUGUUAUACCAGCUAUUGACCCAUUUAGAAUGGUGGAGGAACCGGAUCAACAGUGUCUGAAAGGAACAACCAGUAGUGUGUGCUCGUUGGAUGAACUAGCUGACAAGAAUGAUGGUCUGUAUAAGUUUGUCUACACUCGAAAGAAAAUGAGAAAAUCAUACUAAGGGAUUUAGCAUGAUAAAUUCUCCAUAUCUGUCCACAUAAUGUCACAAGUAGUAGAUUUUUGUACAGAGUAGAAAUAGCCUUGUACAAAACUCUACUGUUACAAGAUGUAAUUUUUCUUGUACAACUGCACUUUUUCUCAGCAUUCAUGGUGUUACAACCUUACAUCACUGUACUUUUGCUGUCAUCUGAGUUUGUGAAAAUAGAAA